AUGGCUCCGCAGAAGACACUACCACCUCUCCGUAUCUCUCCAAACCGGUCCCUGAGGCCUCCAAUUCUCAAGCAGACGCAGCAAUUCCCCCCCCAGCACGAACGCGACUCAGGGAAAAUUCCGAUUAAUCUCCAUCCUGAACGACGCUCCAACCUCGCCCGCCCACCGCCUAAUCUCAAACCUACUCGCAGCGUUAUGCUCGCCCAUACAGCAGCUGAGACCAGGGCUCUCCUCCCGAACGUUCUGAAGACAACACCAGGGGCUCCUGCAGAAGGCGUCCUCUGCCACCCGGGCAACCUUUUCCGCUUGGACUCUCGCUCUUGCCCGAGACUACCUCAGACCGCUAUACGCGUUCUCAAUGCCGAUAGUAUAGAUGCUGCGAUCGAUCUCUCCACACCAACAGUCUCCCAGCUUCCGAAAAAGCCAGUCCUGGUCCUCAAUAUGGCGAACGCGUAUCACAGUGGAGGAGGCUGGCUACGUGGUUCUCUAGCGCAGGAAGAAGCAAUGUGCUACCGCUCCAGCCUCUUUUUCACCCUGAAGUACAAGUUCUAUCCUAUGCCUGAAGCAGGCGGUAUCUACAGUCCAACAGUUGUGGUUAUCCGCGCGAAUAGGAGCUCGGGACAUGGAUUGAUGGAUCUGAGCAAGCCAGAUGACUUGCCCGUUUUCAGCUGUGUAAGCGUCGCUGCUAUCCAGGGGCCUGCGAUCGAGAAAGAUGCAGGUGGGAACGAGAGGUACAGGCGCGCAGGUGAUAGGGAAAUUAUGAAAGAGAAGAUGAGAGUGGUGUUGCGGAUUGCGGCAGUCAAAGGGCAUAGAGUGUUAGUGCUUGGGGCACUGGGAUGUGGUGCUUUUGCGAAUCCGAGGGGAGAGGUUGUGGAGUGUUGGAAAGAGGUCUUUUCGGAAAGUGAAUUUCAAGGAGGAUGGUGGGAGCAGAUCGUCUUUGCGGUCAUGGAGUCGGGCGGUACUAAAGAAGGAGACGAUAAUUUUGGCGUCUUUUAUAAGGGGCUUGAUGGCGUGAUGGUCUAA